AAAGAGUUCCAUUAGUAUUGUUUUAGAAUUUGAAGAGUGCGGAAGCUCACGUUAAAAAUGUUUUCGGAAAUAUCUGAACUUUGAUACAUUUAAAAGAAAGUCAAGCCUUUUUAUUUCAUUCGGGAAAUUUUAAUCUAUUGAUAAGCUUUACCUUCAUCGGUAAAGCCUUUCAUCCAAGAUCAUACGAUAAUAUACCGUAACAUUGUGAUUUCAUGGAAAGAGUGUGGAUUUUAUGAUAAUAACUUAAUUAAUUUUAAGUGUAAUGAGUAAAAAAUCGUUUUUGCAAUGUAUAUUAUAUCUAUUGUGCUAUGUACUUUAGUUGUGUUAUUUAUCCAUAUAAAAGUAGACGUAAACUGUAAAUCAUAUGUCGAAAAAAUCGACAAGUCGUCUAAAAAAACUGAUACAGCACUGCACGAUGAUGAUGUAUCAAUCAGUGCGACGAUAAAUAAUGCUAGCGAUAUCAGUAAUUCUUCGUUGGUUGAUAAUGUUAAAUUUGGAAAUAUUGAAGAUACAGGAGAAUCCCAAGAGACGUCACAAGAGUCGUUAUCAGUUGAAAAGUUUUUUCCGGUACCUUACAACUUUUAUUCAGUCGAAUCGUCAGAAUCGAACGAGCAAUGCAUUUUGGAACGUUCAGAUUUUUAUUUAUCAUGGUGGGUCUACGAAAAUGGAAGUUUAAGACUUCCAACAGUAAACCGUACAGCAAUGUCAGGAUUCCUUGACUUGUCGUUACAAUUAGCGACUGAAUCUAUGCUUUAUGAAUUUGUGUUAUCAUUUACAAGUCAAAAUCCCAGUGAGGUGAUAAGAAUCAUGAGUAUAGCAAAUAAUAAGUUGAGUAAAAUACCGUCAUCAGUUUUAAGCCUUACUAAUUCAUCCAUACAAUAUUUAUCGCUUGCCGAUAAUAAUUUUUACAAUUUAUUCGAAGAAGAAAAUACUACAUUCGAAAAUUUUACUGCGUUCCCGUUGAUGACAAAUUUAUUGGAACUUGAUUUGAGAAACUGCCAUAUGACAGGCUUAAAAUCCAGCUAUUUUUAUAAUUUACCGAGUUUGUUUAGGCUGUUUGUGUCUCACAAUUACUUUACGACCAUUAAUGCGGACGAUAUACAUUCAUUAGGAAAUUUACAGCAUUUAGACAUAAGUUAUAAUCAUAUUCCACCUAAUUACACUCAGGUUUAUGACGGAUUGUUAUUAGAAGACGAACUUUUUAAACGCUUACCACGUCUAAUGUUCCUUGACUUGUCAUAUUCAAAACUGAACAAUAAUAGUGUAACAGCACUUCGGCAUCUUGGACCAACAUUGACUCAGCUGUCGUUGUGCCAUACAGAAUUAAAAACUUUGGAAAUUGAUACAUUCUACAAUACAGGAUUAAAAGUUCUUGAUCUUAGUGGAAAUAAAGAACUUUAUGAACAUUUAACGAUUAAUCAUUUUAAUUAUCUAGUUGAUAAACUGGAAAUUUUAGUUUUUCGAGACGCUGAAGUUAGUGAUAAAGAUUUAUUUACGUACUUGCAAACACUUAGAAUGUUAGACUUAAGAAAUAAUCAAAUAAGUUCCUUAAUUCCUUACGACUUUACGUUGCUGAAAAAUCUUGAAAUUAUCGAUUUAGGAAAUAAUCAGAUCCGAAAUUGGCAAAGCCGCAUUUUUGCUGAAAAUAGAAAUAUCAAAGUGCUAAAUUUAAGACACAACAAUAUCACCGUGAUCAAGCAAGAGAUGCUUCAAGAUUUUUAUGGAACACAGUAUCUGGCGAUAGGAUCAAAUGAUUUUAUAUGCGCAUGCAAUUUGCGUGAUUUUAUUGAUAGAGCAACGAGAAAUGCUCUAUAUCAUCAUUGUAAUGAGCGAUCUAAAAGAUCAAUAGAUUUGUCACAAGGACUUCUUGCGAAGGAAAAUCAAUACAACGUUUUUCUUCGAGAGUUUCAUACUAUUGUAUCUCAUUACGAAGAAAGCUACCGAAAUAUUUUAGCGCCAGUUUUUAAAAAAAUGAAUUUAGAUGCAAGAUAUUCUCCAAAAGGGCUGAAUCAAGAUGUAGAUAUUGAAGAAAAUACUGAAUCGAUUGGAUUACAGCCUUUCAAUGAUAAUGAUUGUUACAAUUUUGAUAGCAAUCAACAAACCCACAUGAAUUUUAAUUUUUUACUACUGGAUUAUAACGAAAAUGACUAUAAAUGCUAUGACUAUAAUUUUGGAGAAUAUAGCUCAUCAAAUCGAUCAAGAUAUUAUUUUAAUGAAAUUGAUUCAUGCUAUAAUGCAGAAGAGACAACAGCACCUUCUUACGAAGGAUCAUCAGAUGAUUCUACGAAUGUUACAAAUCCACCAGAGGAAGAUGAGACGACAACUCCAAAAGAUGACGAUGAAUCGUCUUUAUUAGAAGAAUCAUUUGAGUUCGUUUAUUUGAAUUUAUUAUUUAUUGUACCAGCAGUGAUAAUUAUAGUAUUGUGGUUCUGGAAGCGAUCCGACAUUAAAUAUUUCUUUUCAAUAUUUAAGAAUUCUUUGAUUUUAAGUCUUGAUACAGACGAUAAGAAAGCACUUAUGCUAAAGAAUCGGAAAAGAUCGACAAACUCUGUUGACCAAUUUACUUACGAUGUUUUUGUUUCAUACUCUGACAACGAUCGGUCAUGGGUACUUGAUGAGUUAAUUCCAAACAUCGAAAAGCGUACGGAAAUUAACAUAUGUCUACACGAACGAGAUUUUCAAGUAGGUUUAAGUAUUCUCGAAAAUAUAAUUCAAUGUAUGGAUAAAAGUCGUUGUUUACUGCUCGUUGUAUCAGAAUCAUUUCUAAAGUCAAAUUGGUGCUCUUUUGAGAUGCAUCUCGCGCAACACAGACUAAUCGAGACAAGACGUGAGCAGUUGAUUUUAGUUCUUCUUCAUGAUAUUCCACGAGCUCGACGAAGUCGGACAUUGCAAUUUUUAAUGAGAACAAAGACUUACAUAAUGUGGCCUACUGAUGGAAAAGAAGAUUCACGCUUAAACUUCUGGAAGCGUUUGAAAAAAGCAGUCGUACCAACUGAUGGUUGGGAUCAAGAAAAAAAGGCAUCUAAAAAGCAACGACAUAGUAUUGUAUAGUUCGACUGUAUAUUUUGUACAAAGAUUUUAGAUUUAAAUUGUAAUUUAAUAACUUUAUUAAUAUUUAUGGCAGUAAAAUCGUACAAUAAAAGCUUAAAUGAUUAUGAUACUUAAAAAUGUGUUCAAUAUUUCAGGAUUAACAUUUCUCUAAGAGUUUUAAAGCUCCUAAUUCGUAUUAAAUUAAAGCCAAACUCGGUGGUUGUAUUUGUAUAAACUUGAUUUCUUAAAUGCCUUACUUCUACUACAAACUAAUUGAAAACAUUUCCAUUGAAUUAAUGACAAAAUGUUUAUUUGUCAUAUCAAUUAGUUGAUUCUUCAAACAUCCUGUAGUUAUUGUAGAUUUGAUACACACCAAAAAAUCCUAAAGCAGAUGCAGCAUAUCCAGAGACUGUUAUAAUUCGAUUCAACACUUUAUCUUGCCAUGCUCUAUUGUCUAUGCACUUUUUAUAGGGCAUACAUGUAAAUGAUACACUUCCAUAAAGCGGUACCCAGACAUUUGGCAUCAUCCAAUGCAAUAAAUCGUCUACUGCUUUUCUAAACAGAAAUGCUACGUAUAGAAGCAGAAACAAACAUGUAAUUGAGUAUGAAACAAUAAUAAUUAUUCAUGCAAAUCAAAUUUACUCACAUUUCUUAUUCACCAAGUCUCUCAUUUCAAUAUAGUUAUACAUUGCCAAAUCACAAACAGCAUGAGCAUCUUCCCAUCUGGUUUCACUGUAUUCGUUAAGUAUUUUUUCCAAGUCUGAUCCAUACUUGUUAAAAAGUCUCGACAAAAUUGUACAGUCUUCAAAACCUGCAUUCAUUCC